AUGACGUCCAACGUGAAGGAACCUGACGGGCCCUGCAACAUCGAUACCAUUCGUCAAUAUGUAACACCGUUAAACUAUCCAUUAGAGAAGAUGAGUGACAUGGCGGAAGAAAUGCGCGCCGAGUGCAAGGAAAUUGUGGUAAACGCGAUUGAGAAGCACGAAGACAGCUACGAACUUGCAGCAAGACACAUCAAGGAACAGAUGGACAAAAAGUACGGCCCUUCAUGGCACUGUGUGAUGGGUGAGGGAUUUGGCUUCGAAAUUUCAUAUGAGAUGAAGCACCUUAUGUACAUGUUCCAUAAAGGUUAUGUAGCAAUUGUCGUCUUCAAGGGGUUGUAG